CAUUGUGGGAAGGAAAGCAGAGCUGGCACGGCCGCCGAUGGCAGAUAGAUACAUUUAGUCAAUAUAUAUUCGACUUGCAUUUUACGUGUGAGAAAGGAAACAGGCGCAGUGAAGGCGGCUCCUGGUCGUAGCUGCUGUUAGCGGGUUCUUCAGAGGGGGGCCCUAUGCCGGUGUCAUCGGUGCUGUCCUGCUCACGGGGCGCCCGAAGCGGAGGAGUCGGGUUCGGUGUCAAUGGACCGCGGCGUUUUUAGUUUCUUACCUAAAGGGAGCUACUAAUAAAGCAGCUACGGCUCAUAUCUUCGCGGUGAAGGGGUGGGGGGCGACUGCGCUCGUAAACCUCUAGUGUUCUCUUUAGGUUUUGUGUCAAAGACGCCGUCAAAGAUGUCGACCAGUAGUCCCGAAGCGGUGAAGAAAUUGCUGGAGAACAUGCAGACGGACUUGCGCUCUCUCUCCAUGGAGUGUAAGAAGAAAUUCCCUCCUGUCAAAGAGGCGGCAGAAUCUGGCAUUGUGAAGAUUAAAACCAUUGCAGCCAGAAAUACAGAUAUCCUGGCAGCUCUGAAGGAGAACAGCUCAGAGGUGGUGCAGCCUUUUCUGAUGGGCUGUGGCACCAAGGAGCCAAAGAUCACCCAGCUGUGUCUGGCUGCCAUUCAGAGGCUCAUGUCUCAUGAGGUAGUGUCUGAGGCUGCAGCAGGAAACAUUAUCAACAUGUUGUGGCAGCUGAUGGAAAACGGGUUGGAGGAGCUGAAACUCUUACAGACUGUCCUGGUCCUGUUAACCACCAACACUGUUGUUCAUGACGAAGUUCUUUCAAAGGCCAUUGUGUUGUGCUUUCGUCUUCACUUCACCAAGGACAACAUCACCAACAACACAGCGGCCGCCACCGUCAGACAGGUCGUCACUGUCGUCUUUGAGAGGAUGGUGGCUGAAGACGAGAGAUUUAAAGGCAUCGUAGAGAAGACUCCUCCUGUCCAAGGAAACACUAACCGGCGGUCUGUUAGUACCCUGAGACCCAGCGCCAAGGAUGCAUACAUGCUGUUCCAGGACCUGUGCCAGUUGGUGAAUGCUGAUGCCCCCUACUGGCUAGUGGGCAUGACAGAAAUGACGCGCACAUUUGGGCUGGAGCUGCUGGAGUCUGUCCUGAAUGAUUUCCCUGCCGUUUUCCUACAGCACCAGGAGUUCAGCUUCCUGUUGAAGGAAAGAGUGUGCCCUCUGGUCAUUAAGCUGUUUUCGCCCAACAUCAAAUUCAGGCAGGGCACCAGCACCGCCGUGCCACCAGCCCCUGUGGAGAAACCCUACUUCCCAAUCUGCAUGAGGUUACUGCGGGUGGUUUCAGUCCUCAUUAAACACUUCUACAGCUUACUGGUGACUGAAUGUGAGAUCUUCCUGUCUCUGCUAGUGAAGUUUCUAGAUGGAGAAAAGCCUCAGUGGCUCAGAGCGGUGGCUGUAGAGUCAGUCCACAGGCUGUGUGUGCAGCCACAUUUAUUAUGUUCUUUCUGUCAGUCUUAUGACAUGAAGCAGCACUCCACCAAGGUGUUCAGAGACAUUGUUAACGCCCUGGGAUCCUUCAUCCAGUCCCUCUUUAUUGUCCCAAAUGCCGGCAAUGCUGCUGCUGCCACUGCACCUGCUGGGGGUUCAGGGUCAGGGACUCAGGGCACUGCUCAGGGUGGUCCAGGCACAGGAGGGGGCAGCAGUACCCUCACCACACAGGCUGCGUUCGAGUACCGUGGUACCUGGAUCCCCCUCAUGACUGUCAGUGUCCAGGGCAGUGCCAAGGCUACCUACUUGGAGAUGUUGGACAAGGUUGAGCCUCCGUCCAUCCCGGAGGGUUAUGCCAUGUCGGUGGCCUUCAGCGCCUUGCUCGACCUGGUGAGGGGCAUCACCUCCAUGAUUGAAAGAGAACUAACCACAGAGGAGGAGGCAGCCGCAGAAUUCAGGGAGACUCACCCUGAGCAGGAGUGGAAGCCAGAGGCAGGGUCCCACCUGGUUUGGGAGGAGAUGGUCAAUGCCAGCUGGUGUGGCCUCCUGGCUGCACUGUCACUGCUGCUGGAUGCCAGCACGGACGAAGCUGCAACAGAAAACAUCCUGAAAGCAGAAAUGACCAUGGCAUCGCUGUGCGGUCGUCUGUGCCUGGUGACGCCUCGUGACGCUUUCAUCACGGCCAUCUGCAAGGCCUCGCUGCCGCCGCAUUACGCUCUGACUGUGCUGAGUAGCAACAGUGCUAACGUUUCCGGCAAAGCGUAUUCUAUCCAGGGCCAGAGUGUGCAGAUCAUCAGCCCCUCAAGUGAAUCUCAUCAGCAGGUGGUAGCUGUUGGGCAGCCGCUCACCGCUCAACCACAGGGCACAGUGGUGCUGACUGCUAAAAACAUCCAGUGCAUGAGGACUCUGCUGAAUCUGGCUCACUGCCACGGCGCGGUGCUGGGGACGUCCUGGCAGCUGGUGCUGGCUACACUCCAGCAUUUAGUCUGGAUUCUGGGACUAAAACCAGCGGUUGGUGGAGCUCUGAAACCUGGCCGAGCAGUGGAAGGACCUAGUACAGUUCUGACCACAGCAGUCAUGACGGAUCUGCCGGUCAUCUCCAACAUCCUGUCCAGACUGUUCGAAAGCUCCCAGUACCUGGAUGACGUGUCUUUGCACCACUUGAUCAAUGCCCUCUGCUCCCUCUCUCUGGAGGCCAUGGAAAUGGCUUAUGGAAAUAAUAAGGAACCGUCUCUGUUCGCUGUUGCUAAGUUGCUGGAAACCGGCCUUGUCAACAUGGACCGCAUUGAGAUCCUGUGGAGACCCCUGACUGGACACCUGUUAGAGAAGGUCUGCCAGCACCCAAACUCCAGGAUGAGGGAGUGGGGGGCUGAGGCACUGACGGCACUAAUCAAAGCAGGGCUUUCCUAUAAACACGACCCCCCAUUGUCACAGAAUCAGCGGCUGCAGCUGCUGCUGCUCAACCCCCUGAAGGAGUUGUCCAAUGUGUUACACGGAGACAUUCGGCAGAAGCAGCUGGAGUGUGUCCUUCAGAUCCUGCAGAGUCAGGGCGACAGCCUCGGGCCCGGCUGGCCUCUCGUAUUGGGCGUCAUUGGAGCAAUUCGCAACGAUCAAGGCGAAUCGUUGAUCCGAACCGCCUUCCAGUGCCUGCAGUUGGUCGUGACAGACUUCCUCCCCACAAUGCCUUGCACGUGCCUCCAGAUUGUGGUGGAUGUAGCCGGCAGCUUCGGCCUUCAGAACCAGGAGCUCAACAUCAGUCUUACCUCCAUCGGCCUUCUGUGGAACAUUUCUGACUACUUCUUCCAAAGAGGCGAGACCAUCACCCUGGAGUUGGAGAGAGAGGAGGAGGCUCUACAGAAGCAGGCUCAGGAGAAAGGAGAAACCCUGAACAGGCCCUUCCACCCUGCUCCCCCCUUCGACUGCCUGUGGUUGUGCUUGUACGCUAAGCUUGGCGAGCUGUGCGUCGACCCACGGCCUGCCGUACGUAAAAGUGCAGGGCAGACAUUGUUCUCCACCAUCGCUGCCCACGGGACCCUUCUUCAACAGCCAACCUGGCAUAUCGUGGUCUGGAAGGUUUUGUUUCAGCUGUUAAACUGUGUGAGGACUUCGUCCACCACAGCAGACAAGGAAAAGAUCGAGUCUGGAGGCGGAAACAUCCUCAUCCAUCACUCACGUGACACGGCAGAAAAACAGUGGGCGGAGACGUGGGUACUGACGCUUGCUGGGGUGGCUCGCAUUUUCAACACCAGGCGAUAUCUCCUCCAGCAGUUAGGGGAUUUCUUUGAGGCCUGGGAGGUGCUGCUGAACCAUAUCCAGUCAGCUGCUCUCAGUAAAAACAACGAGGUUUCUCUGGCUGCUCUCAAGAGCUUCCAAGAGAUCCUGCAGAUCGUCACACCUGUCAAAGACUCGGACAAAGCAGGGGACGCGCUCGCCGCCAUGGGCGUCCCCCCUGUCCUCAUCGACCCGCUCUCUGCCUCCGGCCCUGGCAGACCCCUGGUGCGCUCUGAUUCUCUAGUCGAGAGGCUGACGAGAUACAACGGGGCGGAGCUGCAGGCGCAGCCUCCCGGCGAGGAGUCUGCGCUGGAAGACUCAGCAUUGUGGUGGUCUGCAUGGAACACGUGGUAUCGGACAGGAACAGAGAGCACGAGGCCUCCCAGCGGCCCAGCAGAGAAGCUGGCCUUCAUCCCCAGCCAGCCGUUCCUCACAGCAUUAAUCCAGAUUUUCCCAGCACUCUACCAGCACAUCAAAGCUAACUUCAGCAUGGAUGAUCUGAAAAAGCUUGGCGUUAUCCUCCACGGGGCCGUGUCUGUGCCUAUAAGCAGCGACGCCUCGCCGUUCAUCCUGCCUUCCUACACUGAAGCCACACUCACAAGUUUGCAGGAGGCCGUACUCACUUCUCUGGAUGUUCUGCAGAAGGCCAUCUGUGUGGGCCCCGAGAACCUGCAGAUCAUGUACCCAGCCAUCUUUGAACAGCUGCUACUUUUUGUGGAAUUUUCCUGCAAGCCUCCUCAGUACGGCCGGGUGGAAACCAAACACGUGGCAAACGCUAAAUACAACCAAAUCCAGCUGUUUGCACCGGCAGAAUGGGUUGCCUUAAACUACGUGCCCUUUGCUGAGCGCUCCCUGGAGGUGGUGGUGGACCUUUACCAUAAAACGGCGUGCCACAAAGCUGUCAUCAAUGAAAAAGUGCUGCAAAGCAUCAUUAAGACUCUUAGAAUGCCCUUGGGUUUGAAGUAUGCCUGUCCAUCAGAGAGUACCUGGAAGCUGGCCGUUUCCUCUCUGCUGAAGGUGCUGUCUAUCGGGUUGCCUGUUGCACGCCAGCAUGCCUCGUCUGGAAAGUUCGAUUCUAUGUGGCCAGAGUUGGCCAAUGCCUUUGAAGACUUUCUUUUCACCAAAAGCACUGCCCCUGAUAAUCUGUCCAUUCAGGAGUUCCAGCAGAAUGAGUCUGUUGAUGUUGAGGUGGUCCAGUUGAUCAGUACAGAGAUUUUACCAUUUGCCAACUUCAUCCCCAAAGACUUUGUUGGUCAGAUCAUGACUAUGCUCAAUAAGGGCUCCAUUCACUCCCAAGCUCCAUCAUUCACAGAGGCUGAGAUCGAUGUGCGGAUGAGGGAAGAGUUUUCGAAGGUGUGCUUUGAGACGUUGCUCCAGUUUUCCUUUAGCAACAAAGUGUCCACCCCUCAGGAGGGCUACAUCUCUCGAAUGGCGCUGUCCGUGCUCCUAAAGAGGGCCCAGGAUGUUCUCCGGCGCUACGUAGAGGAUGAGAGGCUGAGUGGGCGCUGUCCGUUACCAAGGCAACAAGUUACAGAGAUUAUCUUUGUCUUGAAAGCCAUAAGCACUUUGAUGGACUCGCUUAAAAAGACACAUCCAGAAAACGUGGAUGGCAACACAUGGGCUCAGGUGAUUGCUCUGUACCCUACGCUGGUAGAGUGCAUUACCUGUUCUUCGUCUGAGGUGAGCGCAGCCCUGAAGGAGGCCCUGGGGCCCUUUAAAGACUUUAUGCAGCCACCCAUCUCCAAAGUCCAGAACGGCGAGUCCUGACCGGGCUUACUCUACGCUCUCUGUUUUUAUAAAAAUGAAGGAAUCUUGAAUCUGGAUUCUUACCCUGUGUGCUUCACAAGAGCUUGGACGUGACCUCCACAUGAGCUCAAUCUACACCGACCUGAAGCAGCCCGGCUCAGACCACACGGAUGACUCCAGACUUUACAUGCAUCUUUCUGUGCUUUUCAUAUUAUGACACUUAAAGUCCCGCCUCCAUUCUCAUACAGGCUGGCUACUAUUGCCUGUUCUCUAGAAAAAUAAGAGGACUUCAGUUUGUUUCAUUCAUCUGAAGAGGCUUUAUUAAUGUACAGUAUGUGGAAGUAGCUUCAUGUUGAGAAGAAAAACUUUUUCACCAUUUCCAGUGCUGAUGUUCUUGCAAAAUGUUAUGCAAAAAAGCAACAAACUCCCCAAAUCUGUAACAUUCCAUGUCAUCUUCAGCCAGCCAUCUUAAAAGGGAUGUACAUGACUGUAUAAAAUAAAUGGGACGAUUCUCCAAUCUGUCUGCUUGAUUAUAGCUGCGGC